AUGGCGGACAAAGUCAGCUCCAUUACGGAUCUUCCCCUCGACGUUCUCGUCCUCAUCUUCCCAUAUUUGGAUGCAAAGAGCUUCCUUGCACUGUGCAGUACGUGCAAAGGAUUCCAGCAGCCUUCAAUACGACUUGACCCUGCAUAUUGGAGUUUUGUGACGCGAAGCACCUUCAGAGUACCUAAUCAACCUGUUGUCCAGCAUGACGGGGUACGAUGGCAGAAGAUGUACCGCCGCCUGCUCACCCAGAGCCGUGUCUAUACAUGGGGAUGCAGUACGCAUAAUCGACUGGGUCAUAGUUAUCCCGACCAGCAUUCCCAGCCUCGUCCUCAUGUACCUCGUGGUCAUUGGCCAGGCCCGGUUCGACCUCGUCUCAAUGCGAGUUGCUCGUUCCCUAUGGAGAUGGAUGAUAGGCAACAACUGGGUAUCAUUGCAGAUAUGCAGUGCGGUGGCUGGUCGACCACCCUACUGACAGCAAGAGGCUCACUCCAUACUGCUGGUGUACUUGACGGCCAGAGAACAUUUUGGUCAAGCGAUAGAUUGCAAACUCUAGUAUUCCCCUCAGUCUCUCCGGCCUCAUCCCCUGAAGCACAGUACGCCGAAGCGACCGUAGCCAUCCGUCAAUUCUCAUCUGGCCGAUCUCACGUACUGGCAGUUUCAGACAGUGGUAAAAUAUGGUCAUGGUACGACACCAAGAAGCCUGCUUUGCAAGUCAAAUUUGCGAAUUUGGACAUCAAGGAGUUGUCUCUUGAACAGUCCAGUGACAAAGUCUCGAAUCAUGGGCAGGUGAAGCAGGUCAUAGCCGGAUGGAGUCGCAGCUCGGCCUACGUCCAAGGAGUGGGAAUCAUCGUAUGGGAUCCUGUCCAGCGAGACCCAGGACAUGAGGAAGAUGCUGAGACAGAUACCAUGCUUGUCUUAGACAGUGUUGAAGUACCCAAGACUGGAUACAAGCGUGUACGAGAUGUGCAUGGUGAAACUGCAGAUGAAAAAGCACUCGGUCAGGAGGUGGGUUCCGUGUCAAACUACAUCAUCCUUGAGCAUUAUGUCGUUUUUGUUACCGAUAUCGGCAGAGUCUUCUGUGGAAAAUUUGCCGACAAGAACCGCGUGGACAGCAUACUCGAGCUUCGACAGCUCCGUAAUGAGCAAGGCGCUACACUUGAUGUUCAGGGAUCAUUCCGCCGCUUUGCAAUCUUCAGAAAUGAUGAAGUCGUCACAACCGAUCAGGACUACCUCGAGGCAUGCUGGACAGCUCAACAAACUGAUCCGGAGCAAGAGAGCAUUCAAGGAUUGAGACGUAUCCCUGCUCUCCAACGUAACGAUGUGAUCUCGGUCGCGUUUGGAGACUAUCACUUUCUCGCGUUACACUCAAACGGCAAAAUCACGUCGUAUGGUAUGGAUCUCCACGCAUGUGGCGCGUUGGGUCUAGGCCACGAAGGACCUACUAGUGGUCAGGCUCGAGGUAUUGUCUACGACCGGUUCAGUCAUACCGGAACACUCCUACCACAUUGUUAUGCCCGAGGCCGCGAGGUCUGGUUCGAUUCGAAGAAGCGAGACUGGGUCGAACACAUGAUCUCAGGACACGCGGAUCCUGACGAAAGUAAAGAACGAAGGGAGUUGUUCUUGACUAACCACAACGUGCAAGGUGAAGUCAGCGAAUGGAUAGAGCAGGAAAGCCGCGCUUGGGAUCAAGGCAACCAAGAAGAUGGCCUAGGUGCCCACUUUGCACUCAGAGUCAGUGCUGCGGGCUGGCACUCAGGUGCUCUGGUGCUGGUGAAUGAAGAACUGGCUGGCAAGGAGCCUACAUACAAGUGGGAGCAUAUGAACUUCCCAAGGCUCAGGCUGACUGAUGGUACUGAAAUGCCAGGACAGAAGGAAUUUGAUGAGUGGAGAGAAGGAAGACCAGAUUGGCCGUUGGAAAGCGAGAUCCAAGGCAACUGA